UACAGCUUCUUGGAUGGUGUUAGAAAGAACAAGAGUGGUCUUUCAUAGUGUAUAACCAAAUCUGAGAUCUUAAGGAGCUCUCUUUGCACAGUCCACAUCUCAACUGUGAGGGCGUUCAGAUCACCUUAAAUAUGUUCAUCUAUUGUUAUAUGAUUUUUUGCAGCAUGGGGAGCCUCUGAAGUAUUGGACAGCAAGCAGCUUCUCUGUCUCCCUCUCUUCUUACAGCAGGAGCGCAGGCUGUCCGCGCCACAGCAGUGGGAGUGCAGCGCACACUGGUGAGAUACCUCCUCUGACCCGUACAAUCCAUCUCUGCGUCCUUGCACCUCUCUGGAAACAAUAAUCCCAAACACCCUCAUGGAUUUCAUGGAAACGAUUUGCUCCCCUCAUUCCUUACACGCUCUAUCUUAACGCGUCUUCUGGUGGGAAGCGAACGCGAUGUCCUGGAGGAAAGCGCAGCUCGCUGAGACCAUGAGGAGAGCGGCCACGUCCCUUGGUGGGAGCUCCGGAGGCAAAAAGCCACACUAAAAGGAAAGCAUUAUUUGCACUUUGGAGAAAAAGAUCCGUCGAUGAGGAAACAAAGAGAGACGAGAUGGUAGAGAAUGGCCGCACCUGACCUUCUUGACCCCAAGUCUGCUGCCCACAACUCCAAACCUCGCCUGUCCUUCUCAGCCAAACCGUUGGUACUGAACACUCCAGAUGAUGACGAGUGCGACACCCGGACUACUGUCAUGAGGUGGAAAACUGUGUCAGCCAUCUUCUUCCUGGUGGUGCUUUACCUCAUUAUUGGGGCGAUGGUGUUCAGAGCCCUGGAGCAGCCACACGAGAGUUCCCAAAAGCUGGCCAUUCUCGCAGAAAAACUGGACUUCUUGACGAUGCACACCUGUGUAAACUCUUCUGAGCUGGAGGAUUUAGUCAAGCAAGUGGUUUCAGCAGUCCGAGCAGGUGUGAACCCUUCAGGAAAUGCAUCCAAUCAGACAAGCCUCUGGGACAUCAGCUCCUCCUUUUUCUUUGCUGGGACUGUUAUCACCACUAUCGGAUUCGGAAACAUCUCUCCUCACACAGAAGGUGGACGGAUCUUCUGUAUCAUUUACGCUCUGCUUGGGAUUCCCCUAUUUGGAUUCUUAUUGGCUGGUGUCGGGGACCAGCUGGGGACCAUUUUUGGGAAGGGCAUCGCCAAAGUAGAGAAGAUGAUUGUGAAGUGGAAAGUCAGCCAGACAAAGAUCCGCGUGUUCUCCACGCUGCUCUUCAUCCUGUUCGGGUGCCUCAUCUUCGUGGCCCUGCCAGCCGUCAUCUUCAAGCACAUCGAGGGCUGGAGCACACUCGAGUCCAUCUACUUUGUCGUGAUCACACUCACCACGAUUGGCUUUGGAGACUUUGUCGCUGGUGAAAAAGGUGGGUCAGAGAGUCCAGAGUAUCUGGACUACUACAAGCCUGUAGUGUGGUUCUGGAUCCUGGUGGGCCUGGCGUACUUUGCGGCUGUGCUCAGCAUGAUUGGAGACUGGUUCCGGGUCAUCUCCAAGAAAACUAAAGAGGAGGUUGGGGAGUUCCGGGCGCACGCAGCAGAGUGGACAGCAAACGUGUCAGCAGAGUUCAAAGAGACCCGGAGGCGGCUCAGUGUUGACAUCUAUGACAAGUUUCAGCGUGCUGCAUCCAUCAAGCGUAAGCUGUCAUCCGAGUUGGGUAUUAACCCAUCCAUCAACCAGGAAAUGACCCCUGGCAAGAGGACGCUGUCGGUCAACCUGUGUGAGGACAGAGAGGCUUACCCUAACUUGACUCUCUCCCUCAGUCCCGUCCCGGGGGCCCUGACCAGGAAUGGCAGCCUUUAUCUGAACGGUCUUAGCCCAGACUAUGCUGACCGGCGAGAGAUCGCCAUCAUCGAAAAUCUAAAAUGAGGAGCAGCAUGAAAAUGAAACACAUCUGGUGGUGGACAGAGGUUACAUACACACUUUUGUACUUAUUGACUGAGCUUCGUGAUAAGGUACCCGUGUGCAUUCAUUAAGUGGAUUGUGCUCCAAACAUUGAUUGAAAAACCUUGAGAGAGACUCAAACACAGAUCAAUCACCAAGCUCCGUACUUUCAUGUGCGUGUUUGACACUCACACAAAAACGUGUUGUAUUAACUCAAAGGUUCCACUCAUCCUACGAAGGUGUCUCACAUUUCAUUACGUCCGUGCCAACAUGAUCAACAGCUGUGCUGGUGAUUGAGCCAAAUAAAGAGUAUGCUCCAGACUGGAACAAAUUAUUGUAUCAGAGGCAUGACUUUAUCAAACCUCUCUCGUGAGCAGGAAGAGAAUGAAAGCCCAGUUUGAGGUAGCAACACACGGGCCAUCUUCUUUUUGUAAACCCACAAACAAGCCCGUAAACACAGAAAGGAAUACAUCCAUAAAAUUUGGAAAGCAAUAGAUGUAUCUGUGCUCAUCUCUUUGAGGCCUGAAAUCUGCAUCAGAUGAAGAGGAUCCUUAUCGCUGAACACACUCAACAAUGAACGCUGUUUCUUGACGAGGCAGCAGUCCUGUGCUGACACAGAGGAAUGUGGAUUUUUCUUUUAGUUUACAUUUCUUCAAAUAUGAAUUUAUAUGCCUUGCAUUUGCCGUUCAGUCUGCCCUCGCUAAAGAGAUGAAUGUUGACAUUGUUGUUCCUCCAUAACUGACAUUCAGCUUUUGACCCUAAGGAAUAAUCCACUUGUGCCUUACUGAAAAACACACUGAACAUAUUGAGGAUAUAUAUAUAUAUAUGAGCACAGUAGUAAUAAAGAUAUGUAUUUUGGAGGCAUCUUGGAAAAAGACUUUAUGAAGACGAGACACAUGAAGGAGAGGACAUGGACGUUUUUUUUACUAAUUUUAAGAGGAAAACAUGGCAGGGAGGAGAAACCUUCAUGCGAUAUGAUGAACAACUUGAAAAAUAUCACCUUUCUGUCUGCCAGUGUGAUUUAGCCAUUUACUACCAGUCUUAAUGUGCUGAGAUAGUUACAUUAACCACACAGUGCCAGGCUCCAUGAUCAGACCCCAUUCUCCCCUAUACCAAAGUAAUGAUCCUGUUAUUCUGACAGAGGACUCAGAGAUGAACUCCCUCUGAUCAAAGGAUCAGGAGAAAUAUGACACAGAUAUUUCUAAAUUUCUCGUAACUGAACUAACUGUUAUGUUCAUGAAACUGAAAGAUUAUCAAAAUGGUAGGAAUGUCACUGGGGAACAGUUAUAAUCUAACUUUGAUUCUGAAUACAGAAUAUCAAUUUUGAUUUCACAUUCUAGGCAGAUCGUUUUUCAUUUUUUAAAUCCAGGAUAUUUCUGGAAGAAUGAGAAUGAAUUGCUUUUCAUGACAAUACUGUGUGCGAGGGUAUUUUUUUAUGGUGUUAUUCAGUGCUUUUAUCCAGCAUGAUAUGCUGUAACAUUCUCAAUACAUUUGAUAGUGCUAUUUACAGUUUGUAGCAUUCAAAUAAUUUACAAUACAGUGUGACUUACAAGACAGUGUGCCAUUUGUGGCUAACCAUGUCUACUUGUCUGCUAUACCAAAUGUCUCUAAUUUAUGGUUUAUCAGGUGGAAAAGAGUAUAUUUGCUUUAAAAUUGAUAGUACACUAGUUUCAGGGCAACUUAUCAUCCUGUAUAGUUUUCUGUAUAGUUUUCUGUAACUAAGUGGUUGCACCAGCUUUUUGUAAGUUUAAAUUUAGCCUGUUUAUAAUUGAAGUGAUUAGGUGGAGAUUUAUACACUACAAAACUAAAACAGGCUGCAUCAAACAAACUAGGGCAUGGCACAAUUUAAUUUAGGAUGUGGUCAACUCCACAUUUGCUAGUCAUGAUCUGGGGGCAAACUUGCAAAGUAAGGUGCAAGGUGCAAAGGGAUUGUAUUUAGUCUCUUAAUUAGUGUGCGAUUUGGGAGUAACAUCAAUUAAACCAAUCAGUGUCAUGUCCCAUUCCGUUUAAAAGCCAGGUGCCCCUACAGUAUGUUGAUAUUCAAGUUUGCUGUCUGCUGAGGUGUAAAACAUUGUUGUAAUAACUAGAUAGAAGUUAUCUUGGCCAUUCAAACUGAUAAAAAAAACAUGAAUAUUGCGCACCAUUUAGUAUGAGGACUUUUUCUCAUCAUCCCCAACUGUAACUGACUUCCCACAUCCCUGCCUGCGUGUCUUAAGCAGAGUGUUUGCUACUUACACAACGUGGGCGUAAAAAUGACAUCUGUGUCGGUCGGAAACUAGCAGUGUAGCUGUGCGCUGCUUUGCGCCAGGUUGAAGAUAAGGCCCCUUGUCUUGCAUAGUAAUGAGUGCUAAUUAUUUACACCCAGAUGACAGUUACAUACAUACCUGACUGCAUGAACUGACGAAACUUACCUUAGCUUGCUAAUAUAUUAACCAUUUAGAAUGAAGACUAAAGAGAAACAUAGCCACCACAUCUGACCCCACACUUAGCUGUCUAUUGAUGUCUGCUGGGAAGAUUUUAAAUUACAUUUCUCAAUGACACAGCAUAACUCAACGAAAAAAAAUAUUAUGGCAAUACAGUUAGACAAAAUAAUCAAAUACCUCCACCUCUGUUAAUCGGAUAUUUCCCCAUUCAUUGUAAACCGCAUAAAUAUCUACUAUUUCUGAAACACAUUUCACUAUGUAUGAAUAUAUUAAUUAAAAGAAUAUGUACCUACAUUUACAAAAGAUUGAUAGUUAAGUUUAACAUAGCACAUCGUUCAGUUUUAUUGGUCCGACUCAAGUGUGAAACUAGCUAGCAGUUACCAAGAAAUUAGAAAGGACUUUACAAGGACAGAUAGCUGGUGCAAAUCAGUGUUCAGCAAUAUUGGAAGGUUACAAGUUUGCUCUCUUUAUCUGUUCUGUAUCUCCUGGUUUUCUUUAAACGCUGUGGUAAGCGUGAGCAUAGCCUGACUGACUGUAAGGUCAUCAGCUAUCAUGUGUAAUCAAGACAACGAGCAGUGACAAAGAGAUUAUGAAGAAAAUAAGAUUAAAAAUAAGGAGACUCUUUCAAGCAUGGUUAGGUUUCUAAAAAGAACAAAAUGUCCUUCUUAUGUUUCCAGAAAAACAAUCAAUAGCAUCAAACACUUACUGUAUGUUGUACUUUCCUGCAAUACACUGAAAAAAAGCCUAUUAGUACAUUAAUGCUGAGUUACCUGGGGGAAAGCAAGACAGGCCUUAUUGCAGCUGCUCAAAGCGAAGCCCCCAAAAGUCGUGUUAUUGCUUUUUCCCAGUCGGCCACGUGAUUGACAGUCACUGAGAGGCAAGCUGUCAGCGCUGAAUAAAGUCAAGGAGUGCUGAA